GAGCAAUGUGGCGCUGCAGGACCCAUUUGCUGACGGUACUGACCCAGCUUUCCCCAGAAGGAACUCCAUGACCCCUAACUCUGGCUACCAGUCUGGCAUGAGUACCCCAGAGAUGCCAGGUCGCAUGGGUCCAGGGCCCUACGAGGGUCCAGGGCCUAACAAAGACCCCUUUGGUGCCAUGCGGAAAGUUGGGGAGCAGUUCUUGCCUGCCAGUCAGGGUCCUAACAGUGGGAUGGCUGAACAGCAACAGUUUAACCGUGGGCCUCCUCCAGGUGCUAUGGGGAACAUGUCGAUGGCUCAGAGACAACAGUACGGACCAGGACCUUACGGACAAGGCUACGAAAGGAGGCCAGAGCAGGGGAUGGGCCCAGAGGGCAGCAUGGGAUCUGGUGCACCGCAGCCAAACCUGAUGCCUGUCAACUCCGACACGGGGAUGUAUUCGCCAAACCGCUACCCACCACAGCAGCAGCCACGGAAUGAUUCCUAUGGUAAUCAAUAUCCUGGCCAUGGUACUCCCCCUGGUGGUUCUUAUCCCAAUCAACAGCCAGGAAUGUACCCACAGCAACAACAGGUGAUGGCUCUAACCCACUGUAACUACAAGCGUCCCGUGGAAGGGGGCUACCCACCAGCGAAGCGUCACGAGGGUGAGAUGUACAGUGCGCCCUUCAGUGCAGGGCUGCAGCAGCAGCAACAACCGCAGCAGCAGCCAGGGGUGGCCUCUGCACCCCCUGCUGGCCAGCCAGAGAUGUACCAACCCCAGUACAGCAGCGGCUCCUUCACCGGCACUGACCGCCGCCUACCUGGUCCCCAGGGCCAGUUCCCCUUCCCCUUCAACAGAGAGCGCAUGCAGGCUGCCACGGGGCCCAACGCCCAGCCCUCCAUGCCCCCUCAGAUGAUGCAGCCAAGCCCUGAUGGACCCCCUGGUGGCGUGUGGCAGGGCCGCGGGGAGAUGAACUAUCCCGGCAACUACCCCAACCGGCAAGGUGGCCCCCCAGGGGGCCCAGCCCAGGGACCUGGCCACCCCGGCAUGAACCGCGGUUCGGAGGAAAUGUCAUCAGAGCAGCGCAUGAACCACGAGGGCCAAUGGGGGCCAGGUCAGAUGGGCCCUCGGCAGCCCCCCUACGGCCCUGGAGGGACGGGCCCGCCCAUGACCCGCACCCUACAGUCCAACUACCAAUCUGCUCAGGCCAUGCAGAACCACAUUCCACAGGUGUCCAGUCCCUCCCCCAUGCCCCGCGGGGGCCCCAUGGAGAGCCGGACGUCGCCCAGUAAAUCUCCCUACAUGCACAGUGGCAUCAAGAUGCAAAAGGCAGGGCCCCCGGUUCCUGCCUCUCACAUAGUGCCCCAGUCUGUGCAGUCCCCUCUGAUCCGUAGAGACAUGCCCUUUCCCCCAGGCUCAGUGGAGGCCACCCACCCCAUCCUAAAACCACGCCGAUGCCUCACAACGAAAGAUAUCGGGACCCCAGAGGCUUGGAGGGUGAUGAUGUCCCUAAAGUCUGGCCUGUUGGCUGAGAGCACGUGGGCCCUCGACACCAUCAACAUCCUCCUGUAUGACGACAACAGCAUCUCCACCUUCAACCUCAAUUCGCUGCCUGGCCUGCUGGAGCUGGUGGUGGAGUACUUCCGGCGCUGCCUCAUCGAGAUCUUUGGGAUCUUGCGCGAGUACGAGGUGGGCGAUCCCGGCCAGAGGACUCUACUGGACCCUGACGCCCUGAAAAGAGACUGGAGCUGCAUGGAAGAUGAGGAACCAGGGGUGGAGGACAUGAAGGUAGAAGGAGAGGAUGAGGAGGAUGAUGACAAUGAGGAGGAAGAAGAGGUGGUGGUGCAGCGUUCAAAACAGCCGGCCGGGACGACAAUUGAGGGACAGGCUCAGGUGAAGCAAGAGGAUGAGCAGGAGUCGUGCUCAGAACGGGAUACUCUGAUAGAGAAGGAUGCUGAAGAUAAGGAGAAGAGCUUCUCUACCUUUGAGCAGCCCAGCUCUUCAUCGGACCCCCCUGGCCUUGGCCCGGCUACCCCCCAGGAGAGACCCAAACAGGCAAGCAAGUUCGACAAGCUCCCACUGAAGAUGGUACGGAAGAAGGACCCGUUUCCAGCAGGCAGGGCAAGCCAGAGAGGAAAAGUGCAGGAGUUCGACAGUGGGCUGCUCCACUGGAGCGCCGGCGGGGGAGACAGCACAGAACACAUCCAGACCCACUUUGAGAGGAGGGAGGAAUUUCUGGUCCCACGAGAACAAGUGCUGGUCGUCCCAACAGCCAAAAGGAAAAGGCUAGGAACAGAGAUGGUGGGGGACAAGGACAAUGCUACCCCCACAGAGAAAGACAAGCAGAAAGGUGGGGGAGAUCAGAGGCCCUCCCAGCCAUCAUCCACAGAGAAGGCCUCAACAACAACCGACACCUCAGCCGACGGUAAGGAGGGAAAGUCCGAGCACUCGGACGCUGAGACAGAGGAAACGUCACAGACGGAAGAGCCCCAGAGCCAGCAGGAGAACGACAAACCGAGUGGCCCUCCUCGUCAACAAGUUCCCCAGCGUGUGGUGGAGGACGAGCCUCACAGCAAGGACGAGGGCCCACUGCUUACACUGGCCAACUGGCAGGACGCUCUAGCCCGCCGCUGCGUCUGCGUCUCCAACAUCGUGCGCAGCCUCUCCUUCGUGCCUGGCAACGACCAGGAGAUGUCCAAACACCCUGGCCUCAUGCUGCUGCUGGGUCGCCUAGUGCUGCUGCACCACCGCCACCCUGAGAGGAAYCAGGCCCCGCUCACCUACGAGAAGGAGGAGGAGUCUGAUGACUGRCUUGGCCAGAGGGARGAYUGGUGGUGGGACUGCCUGUCGCUGUUGAGGGAGAACUGCCUGGUCACUCUMGCCAACAUCUCUGGCCAGCUGGACCUCUCCAUCUACCCCGAGAGCAUCUGCCUUCCMCUGCUGGACGGCCUCCUCCACUGGGCRGUGUGCCCRUCGGCUGAGGCCCAYGACCCCUUCCCCACGUUGGGGCCKCACAGCGCAAUGUCKCCCCAGAGACUGGUCRUGGAGACRCUCAGCAAGCUGAGCAUCCAAGACAACAAUGUGGACCUGGUCRUGGCCACGCCGCCGUUGGGUCGGUUAGAGAAGCUSUAUGGGACCUUGGUGCGGCUGGUUGGGGAGAGAAAGGUGGCCGUCUGCAGGGAGAUGUCGGUGGUGUUGUUGGCCAACCUGGCCCAGGGAGACAGCAUGGCAGCGCGCGCCAUUGCCGUGCAGAAGGGAAGCGUGGGUAACCUCCUGGGCUUCUUGGAGGACAGCCUGGCGGCCACCCAGCUACAGCAGAGCCAGAGCUCUCUGCUGCACCUGCAGGGGAUGCACUUUGAGCCCACCAGUAAUGACAUGAUGCGGCGGGCGGCCCGGGCCCUGCACGCCUUAGCCAAGGUGGAGGAGAACCACUCAGAGUUCACACUCUACGAGUCACGCCUCCUUGACCUCUCAGUGUCACCUCUCAUGAACUCGGUGGUGUCUCAUGUUAUCUGCGAUGUACUCUUUCUGAUUGGCCAGUCAUGACAGCUGUAGGGAGCUUUGGCUCCACCUCCUCUUGGUUUCGUCCCCCCCCCUCACCCCCUGGUUACAACCUGGCUUGUAUGUGUGUAGGGGGCAGGGAAAGUUCAAGUGACUGUUUUUAAUUUAUGCAAACCCUUCAGAUUCCACUCUGAGCCCCCUUUCGCUGUUCUCACUCAAGGAGAAGGGACGUCACAAAGCUGCAGUGGUGGAUUUACAAACAAGAGACUCCACAAACUGACACAACUUGUAACAUUAAUGCCAACUAGAUGACAGAGUGGAGAACCUGGGUUUAGGAGUGUUCCACAUGUUUAAAUUUUUUUUUUUUUUGGGGGGGGGGUGUAUUUUUAAUAAAGAUGAAUAAAUAGCUGAAAAACAAACUGUAACCAAAGUUGCUGUCUCGUUUACAGGAGAUUUGGGGAUAAUGUGUGCCCUUGUGUGCCCCUCGAGAGCACAGUGAGUGAGUCAGACUGGUUCAUGUUUGGAGGUAAAGCAGACUGAGGAACAGCCUGAUCUGAUGGCAUAGUUGCUGUAAUUGGAUGCUUACCAGUCAGCCUACCACUCAGUAGGCUGUUGAGACGCCUUCGCUGGGGAGGCCUGUGCAGUAGAUUGUAGGGCAUUUUCUCUACCGUACUGCUCGAGUGUCAGGCAUUCUGUAAAAAAGUUUCACACAGAAAAACGUUGCCAAUGCAGCUCUACUAGAGUUAAAAGGUCAUUUUAGUUUUCAUGUUAAAAGCUAAAAAGGCUUUCCCCAAAGUACCGAGAACCUACUACAACACCCUUACCUCCUCUCUUUAGCCCUUGAUUGUAUGAAUUGACCCUUGUAAAAUAAAUCACCUCUUAGGACUGGUUUUCAAUUUAAGAUGCAGCUUUGCUGUGGUGUAUAUAUAUGAUYUUGUACAUUACACUUCCUUUCUCUGUCUCUGUCUGUGUCACUAUUCCCACACUUUUUGUUGAUGAGGAAUGGAAGGUGACCCAUGAGUUUGGUUCCUGUCAUCCAGUCCCUGCUGAUCGACCCUUCUCCGGCCUCUCACUCCACGGCUCCUUAGUACGGCAGACUCGGAUCAAAUCUGCUCUCCUGGUACAACAAAAAAACUCUAGAUGAAGAAACACACAUUUGACAAUUCUUUUCUCCAGCGAUAUGGAUAUUUGUAUUUCAGACUGUAGCUAAAAACAUGUAAAUUCCUCCUUUUCCCUUUUUUUGGUUCAAUGAAUAUCAUUUAUUCAGUAUGAAAUCUUUAUACUAUAUGUUCCACGUGGUAAGAAUAAAUGUACAUUAAAUCUU